AUGGCAGAAAGCGAACGGAGAGAUAUGAACUUUGAUGGAGAGGGAAGUAAAAAGAAGAACCAACCACGACUGUCGCAAACCUCACCAACAGAAACAACAAAGAUGAAGACUGAGAAGAUAAAAGGGUCACCGGAGUUAAUGGCUUCAGCAAGGAAGGAAGGUGAAGAAGAAGAAAGAACAUUGCUUGGUUUCUCUGAAAAUGGCGAAUAUAGGAAAGAGAACAUAAAGGGAGAUAUUUAUAGGAUGAAGUGUCUUGACCGACAGCAGCGCAUGGAUAUUUCCAUGGAAAAUACUCAAGCUUAUCUUUCUUUAUCAAAUUCUGUUGUUGAAGAAACUAGUGAUGAAGAGGUAGUAUCCAAUACUAGUGAUGAAGAUGCAGUACCAAGUGAUGACGACAUGGUUCUUAAUAAUCCAAUAAUAAGAACAUCAAGAGAACUCAAAAAUGAGGAACGUUUAGGUAUCUAUCAAUACCUGUUAACCCAUAGCAAUAAUGAAAGAGUUGAACGAGGUUCCAUACAAAGAGUUGCUACUAUAUUCAAGACUUCUGUUUCGAUUGUUUCUCGCAUUUGGAAUCGAUCAAAAGAAAAUCAAAACCCAAACAUGCCUGCUGAUGUAUCUUCUAGGAAGCCAACAAGAGUUGGUCGCAAACGUGUGGAAAUCGAUAGAGACAGGGUACUAGCAGUUCCAUUGAAUCGUCGUACUUGUCUUUGCACAUUAGCGGCAGAAAUAGAGAUGUCAACAACAACAUUGCAUAGGAGGGUAAAAGAAGGCAAAGUCAAGCCACACACAAGUGCAGUAAGACCAGCUUUGAAAGACGAUGGAAAAAUCAAGAGGUUAAACUACUGUAUUGACAUGCUUGAUACAAGUACUUUUGAUUCUAAACCAAUGUUUAAGGAUAUGUAUGAUUACGUGCAUAUUGAUGAAAAGUGGUUUAACAUGACAAAAAUUUCGCAAAGAUAUUAUCUUCUUCCCGAUGAACCCAAACCUCAUCGUGAGUGUCAAAAGAGAUUUAUUCCUAAGAUUAUGUUUACAGCUGCAGUUGCACGUCCGCAAUAUGAUUCCUCAGGGAAUCUAAUUUUUGAUGGAAGAAUUGGUAUAUGGGCAAUGGUUAAAGUGCCGGCAGCAAGAAACAGUAAGAAUAGGAAAGCCGGUACACUUGAAACCAAACCCAUUGAUCCAGUUGAUAAAAAGGUUUUAAUGGAGUUUUUAAUCGGCAAAGUCCUACCGGCAAUUCGUGCUAAAUGGCCUACCGGGAAUACACGUACCAUUUAUAUUCAGCAAGAUAACGCGAAGCCUCAUAUUUCGAAGGAUGACAGAAAAAUUUAA